AUGAGCUUCUUCGCCUUCCUGCAAACCCGGCCUCGACUCACGGGUGCGCUCACCCUAGCAGCCGCCGGCGGCGUAGUCGCAUAUCUUGGCAAGCGGCGCCUGGACCGGUCCUGCCCGAAAGUCACCAUCACAGAGCUCCCCCAGUCAAGCGCAUGUCGCAACCUCAUCGCGAGCAGCGAGGCAGUGCCCCGCCCUGCCUGGGGGCUGGACCAGCCCGCUCUGCUGGCCGCAUGGUCCAAUGACGACGAUCGCAAAACCCGCUGCAUCCCCUCCUUCAUAGCGCUGCAGGUUGAGGUGCCGGUGUCCCUGCUGGCUGGAUACAGGGGAUCCCGUACCAAGAAUGAGAAUGAGAAUGAGAACGAGGGCGAGGAGGAUGAGGGGGACGCGCAUCAUCUGAUGCGGAAUCUGUUUACCGCGUUUCUGGACGCUCGCGCGCAGGGGCCCGAGGCGCGCGUUCUCGAUAAACAGGUGCCGCCGUUGUCCUUCACGCCUGGGAGCUUGCUGUUCGGUGAUCAAGCCGGCCUGGGAGCUUUCCUGCUAGGUACUUGGAGUACGAAGCGGGGUCUUGCGCUCCAGCCUCGGGAGCUGGGUGUGGAAGCCCGCGAGCCAAGCGCCGACUUUCUCUCGAACAGGGAUGCUAUUCGAGGCAGUCCUGUGGAUGCGGCUGGGGCGGUGAUGUAUUGGAAUGCUCACGAGGGAUUGGUCCGGGCCAUGGAUAAGGCGGCCUCGUAUGGUCUUCCGUGGCGGUUGAUGGAGGGCGGGUUCCAGGAAUACAUCGUGGAGAAGGUGUCGGAGGAGACGGCGAGGGUGACGUACGUGACUAUUGAAUCCUUCAAUGUGCAUCCUGAGGGUCAGUCUACGAGGGAUUUCAAGAGGCCGCCGUGGCUGCUCUAUGAGCUUCACGUAUUGUAUGCACAGAUCCUCUGGUAUAAGACGUUGAGACAGCUUCGUAAAGUGCCUCACACUGUCGAAUAG